UCCCUCAAGUCACACAACAUAACUCAACACAAACACUCACACUCUCUCUUUCUUUCUUCCUGCUGCUACAAUAUGGAGCCUCUCUCUUCCACCAAACACAACAACAAUCUCUCCAAGCCUUCCUCCCUCCACACGGAGGCUCCGCCGCCGGAGGCCAGUCCCCUCCGGAAGAUCAUGGUGGUGGCCUCCAUCGCCGCCGGGGUGCAAUUCGGGUGGGCCCUACAGCUCUCUCUACUUACCCCUUACGUCCAACUGCUGGGGAUUCCCCACACUUGGGCCGCCUUCAUCUGGCUCUGCGGCCCAAUCUCCGGCAUGCUCGUCCAGCCCAUCGUGGGAUACCACAGCGACCGCUGCACCUCCCGCUUCGGCCGCCGCCGCCCCUUCAUCGCCGCCGGCUCCCUCGCCGUCGCCAUCGCCGUCUUCCUUAUCGGCUACGCCGCCGACCUCGGCCACAUGUUCGGCGACUCCCUAGCCAAAAAAACCCGCCCCCGCGCCAUCGCCAUCUUCGUUGUCGGCUUCUGGAUCCUCGACGUCGCAAACAACAUGCUACAAGGCCCCUGCCGCGCCCUCCUGGCCGACCUCUGCGCCGGAGACCACCGGAAAACGCGAAACGCCAACGCCUUCUUCUCCUUCUUCAUGGCCGUCGGAAACGUCCUGGGCUACGCCGCGGGCUCUUACAGCGGCCUCCACAACGUCUUCCCUUUCACUAAAACAAAAGCAUGUGAUGUUUACUGCGCGAAUUUGAAGAGUUGUUUCUUCCUCUCCAUCGCGCUUCUUCUCACUCUCUCCACAAUCGCCUUGACCUACGUGAAGGAGAAAACGGUGUCGUCAGAGAAAACGGUGAGGAGUUCGGUGGAGGAGGAUGGGUCCCACGGGGGCAUGCCGUGCUUCGGGCAGUUAUUCGGUGCGUUCCGCGAACUGAAGCGUCCCAUGUGGAUCCUUCUGUUGGUGACGUGUCUGAACUGGAUCGCCUGGUUCCCUUUUUUGCUAUUCGACACCGACUGGAUGGGGCGUGAGGUGUACGGAGGGACAGUAGGGGAAGGGAAGACGUACGAUAGGGGUGUCCGUGCGGGUGCGUUGGGGCUGAUGUUGAACUCUGUUGUGCUUGGUGCGACGUCGUUGGGAGUGGAAGUGCUGGCGCGUGGGGUUGGGGGCGUCAAGAGGCUGUGGGGGAUUGUUAACUUCUUGCUCGCGGUUUGUUUGGCCAUGACGGUUUUGGUUACUAAGAUGGCCCAACAUUCUCGACAAUACACCCUACUCCCCAACGCCCACCAGGAACCCCUGCCUCCUCCCGCCGCCGUCAAAGCCGGCGCGUUGGCUCUCUUCUCUCUCCUCGGAAUCCCACUCGCGAUUACUUACAGCAUACCCUUUGCUCUAGCAUCAAUAUUCUCCAGCACCUCAGGGGCAGGCCAAGGUUUGUCUCUGGGAGUGCUCAAUCUUGCAAUUGUCAUACCACAGAUGGUGGUGUCUGUGAUAAGUGGACCAUGGGAUGCUCUAUUUGGAGGUGGUAACUUGCCAGCGUUCGUGGUGGGUGCGGUGGCGGCGGCCGCCAGUGGCAUUUUAUCCAUAAUCCUGCUGCCAUCUCCACCACCGGAUUUGGCCAAAGCAGCAACGGCAGCCGGAGGAGGAUUCCACUAAUCAGAGUUGACCGUGUUCAUCAUCUUUCUUUUUUGGCCCAGUCUUUAAUAUGGAAGAAAAAAGGAAAAGGAGAGCUUUUUUUUUUGUUUGAAGCCGUUUGUAUAAGGCUUUUAAUCUUAGAUCCCAACAAAUGCUACAGUUGCCAUGGUUUUUGUGGCAUCAAUGACUAAUAACAGUCAUUUUUAAUUGUAAAGUUUGAUGUGGCUGUACAUAACCCUGUUGAACCAGGACCCAGGCCUGUCUUAAUUUAUAAUACUAGUUGGUAUAUUGUGGGUUCUCAGGUCAGGUCAGGGGAAUGUAGUGAUUGAAGUAGCAUGCAUGGAUGUUAAUCCAAUAAUAACAUAUGUGGGCUGAAUUGGACCAGACUGGACUACUUUCCAUUGUCUUCUUCUCCAGUGAUUACUAGUACUAUAAUAAUAAUUAACAUUCUCUCUUUAUCUCAA